AAAAGAACUCAUCUCUAGUGUUAUUAUUUUUCUGCAUCUUAAUCAUAAUUUAUUUUUCUAAUUUAAUGCUCUGAAUUAAUAUAGAUUGUUGUGGGAUUAACAACAAAUUAACAAUUAAUCGACCAUGGAUGAAGAAUAUGAUGUUAUAGUUCUUGGUACUGGCCUUAAGGAAUGCAUUCUUAGUGGCCUUCUUUCUGUUGAUGGACUCAAGGUGUUGCAUAUGGACCAAAAUGAUUAUUAUGGAGGAGCAUCAUCUUCUCUUAAUCUUAAUCAGCUAUGGAAAAGAUUCAGGGGAAGUGACCAGCCACCAGAAAGCCUUGGUGCAAGUAAGGAGUAUAAUGUUGAUAUGGUACCAAAGUUCAUCAUUGCUAAUGGGAAUUUGGUUCAAGUUCUUAUCCAUACUGAUGUUACCAAGUAUCUUAACUUCAAGGCAGUUGAUGGUAGUUUUGUGUUCAACAAAGGAAAGAUCUACAAAGUGCCUGCAAAUGAUGUUGAAGCACUGAAAUCACCCCUGAUGGGACUGUUUGAGAAGCGUCGUGCUCGUAAGUUCUUCAUUUAUGUUCAAGACUAUGAAGAUGAUGAUCCUAAGUCUCAUGAAGGGCUUGACUUAAACAAAGUGACUGCAAGGGAGAUUAUCUCAAAAUAUGGAUUAGAAGAUGAUACAAUUGACUUUAUUGGUCAUGCACUGGCUCUCCAUCUUGAUGAUAGUUAUUUAGAUCAGCCAGCUCUUGAUUUUGUCAAGAGAAUGAAGCUCUAUGCAGAGUCACUAGCUCGUUUUCAAGGAGGAUCGCCUUAUAUCUAUCCCCUCUACGGACUGGGGGAACUGCCUCAGGCAUUUGCACGCUUAAGCGCAGUAUAUGGUGGAACUUACAUGCUGAACAAGCCAGAAUGCAAGGUGGAGUUUGAUGCAAAUGGAAAAGCUAUCGGUGUGACUUCAGAAGGAGAGACUGCAAAAUGCAAGAAAGUUGUUUGUGAUCCAUCAUAUUUGCCCAGUAAGGUUAAGAAGGUCGGAAAAGUUGCUCGUGCUAUAUGUAUAAUGAGCCAUCCUAUUCCAAACACUAAUGAUUCUCACUCGGUUCAGCUUAUCUUGCCCCAAAAGCAACUCGGUCGUAAAUGGGAUAUGUACCUCUUCUGCUGUUCUUAUUAUCAUAAUGUUGCAUCGAAAGGAAAAUACAUAGCUUUCGUUUCAACUGAAGCAGAGACCGACAAUCCUGAAGUGGAAUUGAGGCCCGGAAUUGAACUUCUUGGUCCUGUAGAUGAGAUAUUCUACGAUACUUGUGAUAGAUACGAACCUGCUAAUGAUCCUGCCGCCGACAAUUGCUUCAUAUCUACUAGUUAUGAUGCAACAACACAUUUUGAGACCACAGUAGAUGAUGUGAUUGCAAUGUACAGUAAGAUCACCGGAAAGAAUCUUGAUCUUUCUGUGGACUUGAGUGCUGCAAGUGCUUCUGCUGGUGCUGAGUAACAAAAUUCAUAGAGUACUGCAAGAAUACAAGUCAUCUUUUUUUUUUUAACUAAGAAUAUAAAUCAUCUUAUAUAUAAGUCAUUUUUUUUUGUCGUUGAUUUAAUUUAUUUUAAAGAUGGAGACUAUAUGUUAUUAUUCUUGUACUUGGUUUAAGCAAUAAUACUAAAUUGAAUUUUGAAAGA